AUGGCAGCGUCCGAUUUGGGCGUAUUGGGCGAUGAUGCCGCCUGCCAGCGUCUUGAGCGGAGCCCAUCACCGCCGCCCGGCAACCUGGAAUAUGCCAGCCAGGGCAGCCAAUUUUGUUUACACAGCUGCAGCCACUUGGACGGGGGCAUCAAUAUUCUUGACAACGACCAUCUACUACAACUGCACUCCCGCCAAGUAUCGCACCCAGCAUCGCCAUCUAGAUCUUCCCGAUCCUCAACAUUAUCGACUGUAUCCACGAACGUAACUGUCCCUGAUUGCGAUUGCGCAAACACCACCGCCAGUACCACCGAUAAAGGCACUCGUCGUCACUCUCGAACCAAUUCGUCUCUCCCCGCCAAGCGGAGCAGGCGGGACAGGGAGCAGCUGCAUGCUGCACGUUUGCAGCGGUCAAAACGCAACGGGCCACCCUUAGGCUCCAAAGAUACGAAUAUAAAGCACUCAAAGGCAGGCUGGAAUCGUCGAAAGUCUGGCAAUAGCGGAACGGCAGACGCCCUCGCUGCGUUCGAGCCUGCGAAUGAACACAAUCUGUCCAAGAUGUCGACCCUCGAGCAACAAAGGUGGAUUAAUGUCCAGCAAAAGACUUUUACAAAAUGGUUAAACACAAAGCUAGUAUCAAGAGAUCUUGAAGUCCAGGACCUCGUCAAAGAUUUUAGCGAUGGUGUCAUGCUUAUCCAUCUCCUGGAAUCACUUUCAAACGAGUCACUCGGACGCUAUGCCUCGAAACCAAAGUUACGAGUACAGAAAUUUGAAAAUGCGAAUCUUGCUCUUGAUUUUAUCAAAUGCAGAGGCAUUCAAAUGACAAACAUUGGCGCUGAGGAUAUCGUCGAUGGCAAUCGUAAGAUUGUUCUUGGACUUAUCUGGACCCUGAUUCUUCGAUUCACCAUCAGCGACAUCAACGAGGAGGGCAUGUCGGCCAAGGAGGGCUUGUUAUUAUGGUGCCAAAGAAAGACUGCCUGCUAUGACGAAGUUGAAGUACGAGACUUUAGCGGGAGCUGGAACGACGGCCUCGCCUUCUGCGCACUUCUUGAUAUCCAUCGACCAGACUUGAUCGACUUUGACUCACUGGAUAAGUCUGACCACCGCGGAAAUAUGCAACUCGCCUUUGAUAUUGCCCACGAGGAGAUUGGUAUCCCGCGGCUGUUGGACGUCGAGGAUGUGUGUGACGUGCCGAAACCCGAUGAACGAAGUUUGAUGACGUAUAUUGCGUACUGGUUCCACGCAUUUUCACAAAUGGAGAAAGUCGAGAAUGCGGGCAGACGAGUCGAAAAGUUUGUGAACAACAUGCAAGGGGCGUGGGAAAUGCAGAGCGCGUACGAAAAGCGAAUGAGGGAGCUCCUUGCGGCUCUGCGUGCACAAGUCAAGGACUGGCAAUCAGCCCAAUUUGAGGGAACGUAUGCGGACGCAAAAGCCCAAGCCAAGGACUUUGCUGGAUACAAACGGGGUCAAAAGAGAGACUGGGUCGCUGAAAAGAGUGAUCUCGCGACGCUUCUCGGAAACAUCAAGACAAAGCUUGGAACCUAUCGACUACGACCGUACGACCCGCCUGCGGAAUUAAGUUUGGAUGCGCUGGAACGAGAUUGGGGUACGUUGGCAAAGACGGAAAUGACACGAGCGCAGUUAAUCAACGAGACCAUUCGCGACAUCAAAAACGCUCUACGAAAGUCGUUUGCUGAUAAAGCUAAUGACUUUGCAAUGGCUCUCAAUACGAUGCAAUUGGCCAUUUCAGGCCUGGAUGGAGAUGUCGAGGAUCAAUGGCACCAUGUCAAGAAGCUAAGCGACAACUUGCCUCCGAUGGACCGUUAUUUGGAGACAAUAGAGGCCGUCGAUGCCAAAUGCCACGAAGCCAACAUUGAGGAAAACGACUUUACAACAUACACUUAUGAUGAAUUAGCAUACGAGCUGGGACUUGUCAAAUCAUCGGUACAAAAGAAAUUGGCAUUUCUAGAGAACCAGAUGGUAGCCCGAAAUAUGACAAACCUCACCCCUAUUCAACUGGAGGAGUUUGAAAGUGUCUUUCGUCAUUUUGACCGAGACGACUCAAACUCCCUGCACGAGAUUGAGUUUGGCGCCGCCCUUGCCUCGCUCGGCUUGGUAUUCUCUGAGGAGGAGAUGCAUGACUAUUUCCUGGAGACAUCGGGCGGACGCGAACAAGUUACCUUUGAACAGUUUAUUCGAUUCAUGGUAGAUGUUACAGAGGACCAAAACACGGCGGAACAGGUAUUCCAGUCGUUCCGCGAAGUUGCCGAUGGCAAACCAUAUGUUACAGAAAUGGACCUGCGGCACAGUCUGGUUCCCGACGAGGUCAUUGAUAAACUUGUCGAGAUGAUGCCUGCUCAUAAAGGUCCAGACAUGUCACAAGACCGUGGACAACCGCAGUAUGACUACAUAUCAUUCAUGGAGAAGAUGAUCGACAUAGAAGGAGACCAAGGCGACGUGCCGAGCGGAGUUCUGCAGGACCGGACCAAUGUCGGCGACGUCAGUCCGCGGAAGGGAUCAAAGGCAAACGGCUUACAUGGGUAA